AAUCGGUAUUCCCGUCGCGCAAACGCCGCAGCCCAGAAACAAAAGGCCCAAUUCAGAUCGCGAUCGCCGAUCGGCCCCCCGCAUACGGGUUGCGAAUUGCGAUCGCCAUGGCCGCCAUGGGCUGGUCGGACCUCCCGCCGGAGCUCCUCACCGACAUCGCCGGCGGGAUCACGGAGCUCGCUGACAUCGCGCGGUUCCGCUCCGUCUGCUCGUCCUGGCGCUCGGCGGCGGGCGACGCGGCGGCCGCGCCCCCGCCGCAGCCGCCGUGGCUCCUCCUCCCGUCCUCCCCGUCCCGGCUCUUCUUCUGCCCCCGGGAGGACCGCAUCUACCCGGACCUCCGCCUGCCCCGCCCCGCAGCGGAGGCGCACCACCGCCGCCGCCGCCUCUACGCGUCACCGCACGGGUGGGCCCUCGCCGUCGACCCCACGGAUCUCGCGGCCUCCCUCGUCCACCCCUUCAACGGCGCCACCCGCCCGCUCCCGCCGCUCCCGGCCUUCUUCAAGGAGACCGACGACCUGGCCUGGGACUGGUCCCCGCACGGCGUCAUGGUGUCCUGCGGCGAGGGCAUCCAUUUCUGCGCCUCCGGCCCGCCCGCCGCCGACUCAUGGGCCCCGAUCCCCGCCCUCGCCGACUGCAACGCCAGCAGCAUCAACUACGCAGGCGGCAAGUUCUUCGUCUUCGAGGAGGACGUUUGCCGCACCGCCAUCGUCGACGCCGUCACCCUCGCCGUCGCAGCCGUCAUCCCGGCUCCGGCCGUCGAGCUCCCCUCCGAGGCGCGCCUCGCGGUCGCCGGCGACGAGCUCUUCCUCCUCGUCAAGUCCAAGUGGAUGUACCUCUUCGGCGACGACGUCGACUUCUCCAAGGCCUUCCACGUCAACCACCGCGGCGUCAAUCCGGCUUGGCAGGAGCUCGCCGGCAUCGGCGACCGCGCGCUCUUCAUCGAUUCCCUCCACGGCUUCGCGGUGCCGACGGCGGGAUUUGGCAACCUCGAGAGCAACACCAUCUACACUGUGAGCAUCAAUGAGGUGAGCAACAGGCGUCCCACCAAGGUGAACUACAGCGUGUCGGCGUUCAGCCUGGAGAGCCGGAGCUCCAAGAAACUUGCGUGCCGGCUUAACGGCCGGAACAUGGCGAUGCGUGGCGAGUCCCCAUCGUGGAUCGUACCAAGCUUAAUUGAAGGUUGAGACUGCGGCCAUGGCGAUCAUCAUUAUUGGGCAAACGGUGUUGAUAUAUGGCUCUUGAUUCGUGGUGAAGCUUUGCGAUCCGGCUACAAUGAUGCCCUUCUGGGGAGGAAAACACCCUGAAAAGGAUGUGCCGAUUUCCCGGGGUUAGGAGACGGACAGGGAUGGAUGGCAUAAAGGAAAGGAUGACAAGGAGAUGAUGCAUGGGCAGCAGGGAAUUGAAGCUGAUAGGAUUGCUUGUGUGCGGUAAUGAAGCAAGCACCCAGUUAUCCAUCAUUUCCUCGUGAACCUAAAAGGAAGAAUCACCGGUUAUAAUCGAGUCUGACUCGACGAAGAUAGCAGCGGCUGGAGGGAGAUGUUGAAAUAGCCCUUUGGAACCUGUGACGGCAUUCGUUUAUUUGUCGCAUGUCGGCAUGUGUGUUACAAAAUGGGCAUGGUUUCUUUCGCAAAAAUAAAAUAAAACGGGCAUGGUUUUACUUUGUUGUC